AAUGCCUUUGCAACCGAACCAAAGGGAAGAGAGGGAAAGAGAGAAGGAGAUUGAGAAAGAGAGAGUUGGUCUUGGUGGUGGUGCUGCUGCUGCUGCUGCAAUAAUGUCUAAGAAUCGUUGGCAUUUCCUCAACUACUUGGCCUCGGACAAGCAAAAGUCCAAGCACUGGUUCUUCCUGGCCUUAGCCUUGGCUUUGGUGGUCUUGAUAGGAACAGCCCUCCUCAUCUCUGCCCUCAUCGGUACAAUCUCUUUUCAAGACUCCAUCCUCUGUUCCUUCAACGGUGGCGCCGCCUUCAACAGCGUCGAUACCCAUUACCUGACAACCCCAACACAACUACUUGCGGUGCUCCACUACGCCACGUCAAAGGUGACCCCACAACAAUCGGUACAAGAGAUCAGGGUAACCUUCGACGUGCUACGUUCACUCUCCCCCUGCAACUUCCUGGUCUUUGGGUUAGGCUAUGACUCGCUCAUGUGGUCUGCCUUUAAUCCACGUGGCACCACACUAUUCCUUGAGGAAGAUCCCAAGUGGGUCCAGUCAGUGCUCAAGGACUUCCCAACCCUCCAUGCCCAAACCGUCCGUUACCGAACCCAACUCUCCCAGGCCGACCACCUCCUCAAAUCUUCCCGUUCCGAACCUUAUUGCCGGCCGGGAAAAGCGUAUCUCAGGGAGAACUACAGGUGUAAACUAGCCCUGACAGGUCUCCCAGACGAGGUUUACGAGACAGAAUGGGAUUUGAUAAUGAUAGACGCACCCAGGGGUUACUAUGCUGAAGCACCAGGUCGAAUGGGAGCGAUAUUCUCGGCGGCAGUGAUGGCAAGAGCUAGGGUAGGGUCAGGGGUGACCCACGUAUUCCUCCAUGAUGUAGAUCGGAAAGUGGAGAAGAUGUUUGCACAGGAAUUUCUAUGCUUCAAGUAUAGGGUAAACCAUGUUGGAAGGCUUUGGCAUUUUGAGAUUCCUCCUGCAAAUAAAAAUAAUUCCAUCAUUACCGACCAUUUUUGCUAAAUUUGAUGAUGGCC